GCCUUUCCAUCAACAUCUUAGAGGCCACGGCCAGCCACGAGUUGGACAGGACGCGGAUUCUGAACAGCAUCGCCGACCCCUCUGCGUGCAUCGACAAGCUCUCAGAGGAACCUCCCGAGGACCACAUCAAGUACUCGAACGUGAACAACGCGCUGUCCGCCCAGUUCGCCCUCGCCGGGUGGUGCAACUCCAUCCUCCACAGCUGGGGUCAGGAGAAGCUUGCCCGCGCCCUCCUGGCCGAUACGUCCCGGCAGACGGUCCAGCUCUCCUUCACUGGGGUGCUGCUGUUCACCAACCAGGAUCUCCUGACGUUGGUGUCCCACCUUCCGAUCGGCCUGCGGGUGCUGCGCUUGGUCACUUGGAGCUAG